AUGCCAAAGCACAGAAAGUCUCGCCUCGGGUGCAAAGAAUGCAAAGAGCGAAAGGUCAAGUGCGAUGAAUCGCAACCAAUCUGCAUCAGGUGUAAAACCGCGGGAAGAGAAUGCUCUUACCGAGAGCUGGUCAGCAAUUUACCGACGCCACCUUCUCAUACACCGGUACACCUGUCAACGCCCCAGGCUCCAAGCCCUCAAUCCUCGAUUACCUCUGGGCCCCGUUUGCAGCCGCCCUACGCGUUGCUGGAUUCAAUUGAAGUCACUACGUCAUUAGAUCUCUCGGAAUUGACGGAUGACUUCUUCUCGGAACGCUUCAGCUUAUUCCAUUUCGACCUACUCCUGUUCUUCAAGGGCACUCUAACGGAAGUUCUUAUCGGUCUGCAGUCAGAGAUUGGGCCCUUGUUGCGUCUGACGUACACUGAAGCCUUGAAGGCUCCAUACUUGAUGGAUCAGGCACUGGCCUUCACUGCUGCCUACAAGAGCACAGUCGCGAACGAUGAAGACUCAAAGGCGCUUUACCUCACGCAGGCAAUGAGCCUCCAGACGAGAGCCAUAGGCCAUUUAGAUAUCGGGGGCCUGCAAGUUACCGAAGGCAACGUCAUGGCGCUGUUCUGCUUCACCUUACUGCUCGGUCAACAAACUCUCUUCGAAGCCUUCGCCGCUGCAACCUCGAUACCAACCGUGCUUGACAGACUUGUCCAAUGCAUCACUCUGCACCAUGGAAUCCGUAGCAUUGUUGCGGAAGCCAUGGGCAAAUUCCAUUUCCUUAUGCAGAAGCUUCUCCCGCACAAUGCGGCAUAUUCUAUGGAGACCGGCACACAAGUCCUUCAUGGCACCGAGUGUGAUAGCUUGCUUCAACGACUGAAUGAAAAUGAGAUGAACGAACAAACAAGAGAUAUCUACAUAGAUGUUGUCAAGAUCCUGCAGUAUCUUUUCGAUUCUGUGCGGUCUGAGGAGAGUCGAAGGCUUGUUGUCAUUCAGGAAUGGCCGGUUCGAGUGUCACAGGAGUACAUCAAACUUCUCCAACAACGACGCCCGGAAGCUCUGGUUUUGUUGUCUUACUAUGCUGUGCUAUUACACUGGGCAAGAGACUACUGGGCCGUUGGUACCUCUGGAGAGUUUCUCAUAAGAGCAACUUCAGAUCACCUUGGGACUUACUGGAAAGAAUGGCUCGAAUGGCCGAAUUCAAUGCUGAAGGAAGAGGAGAUGAUGGAUACAGCAUAG